CUGGGUACAUGUCGUCAGGCUCUCCCUCCCUCCGUGAAAGCGCCUUUUUUCCUGAGUUACCUGUGCAGAUGCCAUACCACGGCAAGCAUGGAGCCCGCUGAGCUCACUGUCACCGUAUGUCUCCUGGGUGCUGGCAGAUGUGGUACUGCAUUGCUACACAGCAGCAGCAACCCAUUGCCUUGUGGCAGCAGACGGUGUAACAAGCCUGAAAACCAUCGUCAUCGUGUCCGAGGUGCUCCUGACCGCCUCGGUAAGAUGCCAUACCAUGGCAAACAUGGAGCCCGCUCAGAUCACUUCGGGAAUUAGGAGCACAUUAAACACCACACGCAUUAUCCAGCAGUAUAUCCAGCAGAACCUGGCAAAGCGAAACCAGGCGAGGAGGCGACGUCAGCGCGGUGACGAUAGUGAUGAGGACAUAGACACAGACUUCUCUCAAAGCACGGGCACUGGCAAUGCGGGCAUCAUGGUGCUAAUGGGGCAGGUUCAUGUGGUGGAACGCCGAUUCUGGGCCCGGGAAACAAGCACAGACUGGUGGGAGCGCAUAGUGUUGCAGGUCUGGGACGAUUCCCACGGGCUGCGAAACUUUCGCAUGCGUAAGGGCACUUUCAUGGAACUUUGUGACUUGCUCUCCCCUGCCCUGAGGCACAGUAAUACCAAGAUGAGAGCAGCCCUCACAGUUGAGAAGCGAGUGGCCAUAGCCCUGUGGAAGCUUGCAAUGCCAGACAGCUACCCGUCAGUCGGGAAUCAAUUUGGAGUGAGCAAAUCUACUGUGGGGGCUGCUGUGAUGCAAGUAGCCAGCGCAAUCAAAGAUCCGCUGAUAUCAAGGGUAGUGACCCUGGGAAAUGUGCAGGUCAUAGUGGAUGGCUUUGCUGCAAUGGGAUUCCCUAACUGUGGUAGGGCCAUAGACGGAACCCAUAUCCCUAUCUUGGCACCAGAGCACCAAGCCGGCAAGUACAUAAACUGCAAGGGAUACUUUUCAAUAGUGCUGCAAACACUGGUGGAUCACAAGGGACAUUUCACCAAAAUCAACGUGGGAUGGCCGGGAAAGGUACAUGACGCUCGCAUCUUCAGGAACUCUGGUCUGUUUCAAAAGCUGCAGGAAGGGACUUUAUUCCCAGACCAGAAAAUAACCAUUGGGGAUGUUGAAAUGUCUAUAGUUAUCCUUGGAGACCCAGCCUACCUCUUAAUGCCAUGGCUCAUGAAGCCAUACACAGGUAGCCUGGACAGUAGUCAGGAGCUGUUUAACUACAGGCCGCACAAGUGCAGAAUGGUGAUAGAAUGUGCAUUUGGACGUUUAAAAGCAUGGUGGUGCAGUUUACUGACUCGGUUAGACCUCAGCAAAACCAAUAUUCCCACUGUUAUUACUGCUUGCUGUGCGCUCCACAAUAUCUGUGAGAGUAAGGGGGAGACGUUUUUAUAGAACAAUGGGUACACUCUUUCACGGUAAACCUUGCUGUUAACAUUACAUACAUAGCACAUGUGGUUUCGUUCCAAGGUCUCAUUUUGCCUCCCCCCACCACGUGGCUAGCCCCUCCACCCCUGCUGUUAGCCACAGGGAGUGGGGAGGAACAUUUCUGUUCAGCCACAGGCAAACAGCCCAGCAGGAAUGGGCACCUCUGAAUGUCCCCUUAAGAAAAGCACCCUGUUUCAACCAGGUGACCAUGAAUGAUAUCACUCUCCUGAGGAUAACACAGAGAGAUAAAGAACGGAUGUUGUUUGAACGCCAGCAGACAUACACUGCAGUGCUUUGUUGUACAAUGAUUCCCGAGUACGUGCUACUGGCCUGGAGUGGUAAAGUGUCCUACCAUGGUGGACGGAAUAAGGCUGCCCUCCCCAGAAGCCUUUUGCAAAGGCUUUGGGAGUACAUCCAGGAGAGCCGCGAAUGCCAGGGCAAAUUAAUCAUUAAAC